AUGGCUACCAGAGAGGGGCCUAGCGUUCCUCGCAAGAAGACGACGACCUAUGGCAAAACAUCCCGCAAACGACCGAUCCACGCAUUUCUCGAGCUGACAAACGGAUCAUCGAGUACGUCGCGACCCUCUCAUGAUGAGGGGCAGAGGAGCCCGGCGCAGCACUCCGUCGCAGAUACAGAUCGAGAUCCCUACGAUCUACCCGAUGACCACCCUGAAUACCCGCCGAUUCCUCGACGAGUUGGACCGCAACGGGAUGCACCGUCGACCGCGCAAUCUGGUGCCGCAGGAAGCUUCAAGAAGAGAAAAUUACCGGGAGCCGUUGCAGCCAAGGUUGAGCGCAAGGCGGACACAAAGUCUUCUGCCAGCACUUCGCAAGCGACAGUAGCCUCCACCUUCCGCGCAGCCAAACCGCCCUUGAUGCCGACUACUUCAACUACGCGCGUGGCAAAGCCCGAAACAAAGCCUACGCCCAAGUCUUCUGCGCCGAGAACAGCCUCCAUGCUCAAACCUCCCGCCUCCAAGACGACGUCUGCGCCAAAGCCCGCGGUCGAGAGACCUGGGAGUUCUAAACAGAUCCAGGCUUAUUCUUCCAAGUCACAUGCCUUGAUGGAAGUUCAGCUUCGGCAGAAGAACGAUGAUAGCUUGCAAAUACGACAGAAAACACCGAUGUGCUCGCUCAAGCCAGAGCCGAGAAUUGGGCAAUCAUCCACGACUGAUAUCGAAUUAUCUCCCACGAAACCGAAGAGACCACCCGAACCGAGACGUGUGCGCUUGAUUGACCAGCUCGCGGCACAAAACGAGGACAGCUCUGAAUACGAGUCGGAUACUUCAGAAGAAUCGUUUGAAGAUACGGAUCAGAUCGGCGAAGAUGAUGUUUCUCUCUCUACUCCGGCUAUGCCAACAGACGCCGUGACACCAAAACCGUCAGCGCGACCAAAGCAGCUUCUGAGCCUGAGAAAGUUUAAAUCAACGUAUGGCGAGCAGCGGACGUUGAAAGCAGACGACCAAAGCGGAGACGGUCUUGGCAGUCAGAUGAGCAUGGGCAUCGACAGCCAGUACGACCUUUCGCCGCCGCCAAUGUCUAAACUAUCCUCUUUUGCGUUCGAAGAGGAGGAGAUAGAUGGGGAAUCAUCAUCAAAGGGGGGAGGCAUCAUUGACAUCCAUGCGCUCAGACAGGCUGGUGCAAACCAUCGUUUUGCGGACAGCAUGGCAGAUUUACUCGACAGGGUUGGCACCCCCCAACCGCCGAAAACACAAUCAUCACGCUCGAGACGCACGGCAUUGUUGGAACUUGCAAGCAAACUCCGGGACAAGACUUUUGUCCGUCAAUUUCGGGACCAAGGUGCCAAGGACGCCUUGUUCCGGGCUAUUGGAGCGGAAGAGGACCUUGUCAGCGGCUUCAUCCUCACAUCCGUUCUCCUGGUGCUAUUCACGUCUUAUUCAGUGCCUCAUCUCGUGCCGCAGCUCCAAACCGAAGGAAUUGCGCAGCUGGCCUCCAGGAUGUUUGACGAAGACGAGGACCUAGCGAACAUCGCUUGCCAGCGCAAGUCGAACCUGUCCAAAAACGCACAGGCAUCUCUGGGUGUCUUAAAAUCGACCUUGCAAAAACUGGAUGUAUGGAAGGGUUCGCCACCAGCAAAGUUGUCGCCGCGAAUUUUGGCCCUCAAAGUACUCUAUGUGCUGUGCAAGGACAGUGACGGGCCGGCUACUUGGGACAUACUAGCGGGCUUGACCGAUCACCUGUUUGGCUUCGUCAAGAAAGGCUGGGAAACAAGCCGCGAACAGGGCAUGGGUGCAACAGAGGGCGGAAUUGCUCUGUCCCUUCUUGAAGGUUACUCUAUUGCAGCCAUGCAAUCAGAAGCUGGUCCCCGGUGGACAAAACGAUAUUUGCCUAUUCUUGCAGAUGUUCUCACGGCGGCCAUGGCGCGACCCAUGGAUCAGUUCGGCGACUUUGAGGCUACGACAUUGAAGUUGGCCCUGAACACGACAAACAAUAACCCGUCCGCUGCUGGUGCCUUUAGCAGAGGCGAACUAUUUCGGGAACUCGCCGCAACUAGUUUUACGGCGUUCGAGUUGCUAGAGAAAUCUGUCCGCAAAGGAGCAUUCUCUAACGAAAUUUACGAGAUGCUCAUGCUGAUGCUGGGUGUGAUGAUAAACACCUCGGAACACUGUCCUUCGACGCGCAAAUCUGUAGAUUCUUGGCAACAGGAUGAUGCAUCACCGUUGGAUAAACUGAUUGGAGUUUACCUCGACAAUCGAGAGUCAGCCGUCAUGGCCGACUCAGUCGAGAAGACAUCUGUUGCUGUGGCCCAUGGAUACCUAGCGAUCCUACUAGGCUAUCUGUGCCUCGGCAAAUCGUCGCUUGCCGUCCAGUUCGUGGACGGCCACUUCGUCGACAGCUACUACCCGACCAUCGAGAAUACAUUUAGUAAGACUAUCCGUUACAAGGGACAGGAGUUUGCGACCGAGAUCGUCGACACCGCCGGCCAAGAUGAGUACAGUAUCCUGAACUCGAAGCACUUCAUUGGCAUCCACGGUUACAUGCUUGUAUACUCGGUAUCGUCACUGCCAUCUUUUGAGAUGGUCCAGGUCAUUCGCGAGAAGAUUCUAAAUCACCUCGGCACCGAGUCGGUACCCAUUGUCAUCGUCGGCAACAAGAGCGAUCUGCGCCCCGAGCAACGACAGGUCAGCGCCGAGGAAGGAAAGAAGCUUUCCGAAAGGAUUCAGUGCGGGUGGACCGAGGCCAGCGCGCGAUAUAACGAGAACGUCUCUAAGGCUUUCGAAAUACUAAUUGCCCAGAUUGAGAAGGCGCAAAAUCCAAAUGAGGCAGCAGAAGGUGGCAAAUGCGCCCUCAUGUAG